AUGACUUUGGAAGGAGAACCCAGAAUCCGACGCAAGAUGAGAUGCUUCGGGUUGGUAACGCCGCCGGGAGAGCAAGACGAUGAGCCAGCACGAUAUGGGCAAGGAACCCCUGGUGGUGUCGCCGUUCUCAGGCCCGGAUCCUCCGUGCACCGGUUCGGAGAGCUUGCAUCAGACGCAGCCGAUGACCCGACGACGACCAUGCCCGAGCACGUCGGGCUCGGUGGGGGAAAACAUCCCGGGUGGGAGGAAGGCAACGAAAGCAUGCGGGUCAACGCUGCAAUGCUGCAAUGCAACCACACCAAAAGAGUUUUUCUGCCUGGCCCCCAAGAGGACUCCCUGGCCGAGACUUGGCAACCCGACUAA